AUGAAUUUCAACAUUGAAAUUUUCGAUUUCUAUUAUCAAAAUUAUUUCAAAGAUAUAAGUAAAAUUGAAUAUAUAGAACAUGUCCCUGAUGAGAUUUUAAUAGAUAUGGAUGAUAAAGAAAAUAAAAAAAAAUUAAUAAAAAUUGAAGAAUGUACUUUAGGAAUAUCAGUUUCAGCAGUAUCUCUCUUAUAUCCAAUAUGUAUUGAGUUUAUGAAAACAGAAUAAUAUUAGGAUUAAGCAUCUUGGAUGAUUUUAUUUAUGAAUGGUGAAAAUUAUAGUGCAUGGGGUAUAAGACAAAGAUUAAAAAAAGAGGAAGAUCUCAAAUUAACAGAGUUAAUAUGUAUAAGAUUUCCUGGAUCAUCAUGCUCAUUUAAUUAUAGAUAAUAAUUUUAGACAAGUUAUGAGAAUGAAACAAGAUUUUUUUUAAAAGCUUUUAAAAAGAAGAACCGAAGCUAUCAUUUAUGGACUUAUAGGAUGAAAUAUAUUAAAAAAAUUGCAUUAGAUGAUUUUUCUGUAUAUGAGAAAGAAUGUUAUUUAAUGAAAAACUUGGCUUAAAAGGAUGUCCAUAAUUUUAGCAUAUUCCAUCAUUUGAUGAUUUGUUCAAAAUAAUGUGGAAUGGAAUUAAUGAAUUGGGCUUUAGAAUUAAGAGACUCUUUUACUUUGAUGUAUUAAGGAUAAACAAAAGAUUGUGAAAUAGAUUUUAAGGCUUUAUAAAGUUUAAACUAGUUUAUUAAACAUCUAAAAUGAGUGAAAUAUGCUGUUAUAUUGAUUUGGUAAUUGUUAUAAGUUUUGAUAAAUAUAGUUUUUUAAUAUAAAUUUAUAAUAUAAUGAGACUCAUUGUACAGCAAUAUUAUGGUUUUGGUUAAAAGAAGACCUUUAAGAUAGAAUUAAAUGAUAAAGAUACUUCAGAUCAACUAAUUUCAGUAAUUGCAUCUAAAGUUGGACGUUAAGCUUAGGAUUUAGUAAUAAAGUGUAAAAGGGAUCAAUAUUCUGUAAUAAUUGUAUAAUAUUUAGAUAAAAAUAAUAGAGGGUUGGCCAAUAGAAUUUUAUGAAUUCUAGGAAAAUUAGAAUAUUUUAGUAGAAGUAAGGGAAAAUGAAUCAGAUACAAAAUAAAAAGAGCAGAAGAGAUAAACUGAAAAAUACUUGAAUAAGUUAUUCUAAAAUUAAAGGGAAAAACCUUAAAAAUUGUCAGCAGUAUCUGAAACAAGUGAAAAUUCAGAUGAUGAAGGUAAUUAAUCUAAAUAGAAAUCAUCAAAUACUGAUGUGGAACCUAUAUAAUCUGAUUUUGAUGAUAAAAUAUUUUAGACAGUGAAAAGUGGAAAUUUAGAAAUGCUUCAAUAAUUGAGUUAGAAAAUAGAUAGUUAAUUAUUAAAUUAAGCAUCUUUUGGUGGAUGGAAUCCAAUACAUUUUGCAACUUUUUUAGAGUAUAAAUUAAUAGUAGAGUUUUUAAUUUCAAAAGAUGUAGAUAUAAAUAAAGUGACUGAUGAAGGAUGGACUCCAUUAUAAAUAGCUGUACAUAGACAUAAUAUUGAAAUAGUGAAAGUAAUAUUGAAUCAUUCUCAAGUUGAUGUUAAUUUAAUAACAGAUAAGGGAAUAGCUUUAAAUUUAGCAUGCAAAUCAAAUUAGAUAAAAAUAAUAGAAUUGUUACUUUAAAAGAAUGCAGAUCCUAAAUUAUAAGAUAAAACAGAAAGAACAGCAUAUGAUUAUUGUAAUUAGGAAACAAAGAUAGCAAUGGAGCAAAUGAAGAAAAGUAAUUAGAUCAAAGAUUAAUUAAAAAAUGCAGAUGAUUUUAUACCUCCUAGACCACCAGUAGCAAGAGGAUUCAUAUAUAAAACUGGUUAGAUGAUAGUCACUUUGAAUGAGAGAUAUUUUGUUUUAAAUCCAGAUGAAGGGACAUUCAUAAGAUUUAAGAAUAUAUCUGAUUAUCCAUUAAAACCAUUGUAACAGUUUUUAAAUUAAUAUAUUUAAGAGAGAUUAUUCCUUUAAGAAGUGUAAGAAGUGUUUCAAUGACGCAGAAAGGUUUUAUAUCUAAAUCAGGAUUUUAUUAUUUUGAAUUACUUUAUUCUACAAGAAUAAUAUUAGCAUGUAAAAAUGAACAUAUAGCAAAAAAAUGGGUAGAAUAUAUUUAUAAAGCCACUGUAUAUUAUCAAUACAUAGAAGAAAAGAUUAAAGAGUACUUUAUUAUUUUAAUUAUGUUAGAGGAACGUUGGAUCCAAAUUUGAUUGAUAAAAAUAUUGAAGUUUAAAUUGAAGAUACAAAUGUAAAGGCACCAUCUUCAGAUCCUCCUCCAAAAUAAUUAUCACCAGAAUAAUCUAUUUCGUUACCAAGAGAUGAAGCUACACUUAUAUAAAAAAGAUUAUCAAAUCCAGAACCUGCUCAUAGAUAUAGUCAAAGUCCACCAAGAACUUCAGAAAUUGAAUAACAAAAAUCAAUUAAUUAAUCUUAAUAAUAAUUGCAAUCAUCAGUUUUAGAAGGAUAGAAUGAAUUAUUAAAAGACAGCAAAGUAACAUUCGAUUCUUUUGAAAUUAUUAAAGAAUUAGGGUCAGGAGCAUUUGGAAAAGUCUUUUUAGUUAAACAUAAAGCAGAUGGUGAAAUAUUUGCAAUGAAAGCACUCAAAAAAAAAACAUUAAUUUUAAAAAAAUAAAUUAAAUAUGCUAUCACUGAAGCUAAUGUUUUAAAAAUGUGUAAACAUCCUUUUAUUCUUGGUUUACAUUUUGCAUUCUAAGUAAAUUUUAUUUUCUAAUUAUUUUAAGACUCCAAAUUAUUUAUACCUUGUAUUAGAUUAUUGUCAAGGAGGUGAUCUAUCAUAUCAUAUAGCCAAUUAAGGUAAAUUUUCAGAGGAAGAUGCUCGAUUCUAUGCUGCAGAAAUUAUAUUGGCUAUUGAAUAUCUUCAUACCAAAGAUAUUAUAUACAGAGAUAUGAAACCAGAAAAUAUAUUAUUAGAUAUUCAAGGACAUGUCAAAUUAGCAGAUUUUGGAUUAUCUAAAGAAAAUGUGAGUGAUUAAGAUAAAGCAAAAAGUUUCUGUGGUUCUCCAGCUUAUUUAUCACCUGAUAUUCUUAGUCAAAAAGGAGCUGGAAAACCAAGUGAUAUCUAUGGCAUAGGAUGUGUAAUGUUUGAAAUGAUGACUGGUGAAUCUCCUUACUAUAAUGAUGAUAUACAAUAAAUGUAUAAGAACAUCUAGAGUGGAACCUUGAAAUGGCCUAAGAAAAUGUCAGCUGAAGCUAAAAACUUAAUUAGUGUAAUAACUUUUUCUGAAUUUAUAGAAAAUGCUAGAGAGAGAUCCCAAUAAGAGAAUUGGUACAAAAUCUAAAGAUGAAAUCAAAUAAGAUCCUUUCUUCAAGGGGAUUGAUUGGGAUAAAGUUUAUAAAAGAUUAUAUAAACCACCCAUUACUGACUUCUCUGAAAUGCAUGAUGAUGAUGAUCAAUAAGAUUUUGAUGGCGAUGAAUUAGGUUAUAACGGAAAAGUUAGUAUUAUUUAUUCUUAUUUUAGGCUAUCUUUUAAGAUUAGGAUUAUGAAUAAGAAAAUAAUAGGACUAAUAGAGUCAAAAAUUUUAGUUUUGCCACUAACUCAUCAUGAUAAUUUAUAUAAUGAAUGAUUAUUAUUACAGGU